AUGGUGUUUUUGAAGAUUGAUUUGUGGUCUGGGUAUUAUCAACUUAAGGUGAAAGAGGCUGAUGUCUUAAAGACUGCAUUCAGGACUCGGCAUGUGGUGUCUUCUGAUAGGAUUCAUGUGGAUCCGAAGAAGGUUGAGGCUAUUCUAGAAUGGAAGCAGCCAAAGAGUGUUACUGAGGUCCGCAGUUUUCUGGGAUUAGCGGGGUACUAUCGUAAAUUCGUUAAAGGGUUCUCCAUUAUAACUGCACCCUUAACGAAGCUACUUCAGAAGAAUGUGCCAUUUGAGUGGACUGAGGAAAGACAAAGAUGUUUUGAUAAGUUGAAGACAGUGUUGACCAAGGCGCCAGUGUUGGUUCAACCUGAGUCUAAGAAAGAGUAUGUUGUCUAUAGUGAUGAAUCGUACAAGGGACUCGGAUGUGUAUUAAUGCAGGAUGGGAAGCUAGUAGCAUAUGCUUCGAGACAGUUGAGGCCACAUGAGCGUAAUUACCCAACCCAUGAUUUAGAGUUAGCUACUGUGGUCUUUGCACUCAAGGUUUGA